AUGCCUGAUGCUGUCAACCACACAGUAAGCGCCGCCUCCGACGAACCGAAUGCCAAACGCCAGAAAAUGGAAGCGAAGAAGUUCCUUAAGGAUCUGCCUGCCGACGAAUUCAUCUGCGUGAUGAACGAGUGCUUGGAAGGAUCGAGAGUCAUCAUCAGCGUGGACGGCGUGGAACACUCUCUCCCAAAGAAGAUUGUAUGCAGCACCUCGAGUUUCUUUGACCGUGCCUUCAACGGAAACUUCAAAGAGGGGAACGAACAGAAGAUGGAAUUGAAGGAUGUCAAGAAGAAGCCGUUCUAUCUUGCCGUACAGUGGAUGUUCACUGGACAGAUUGUACUGCCCACAGCAUGCGACGGUAGUGCAGAGAUAAUUACUGAGCUCAUUGGCUUCCUCGAACUUGCUGAUCGGCUGGAUAUCAUGGGCCCGUUUGAUUCUAUUAUUGGGACAAUGCGCUCAAAGAUGCAUUCUAAUCGGAAUGCGCUUUUGCCGCAACAUAUUCGAGAUGUUGCCAAACUGCCUCGAAACCACCCCGCCCGCGCACUGAUUGCUAUAGCUUGUGUUGGACCAUAUGCUUCGGCUGUCAAAAAUCCAGAUACAUUCGGAUUCAAAGCGGAGCUCGAGGAGGUAGAAGGUUUUGCAUCGGAUUUGUUCAAGGCUUUCGGGAGCACGCUCCGUUUAUUUAAAAGCUACACUUCAGUCACUAUUGUUGAUCCGUUGACGAGUGUAACAGUUGAAAUUGAUAGCGAUCACUUUUAA